CGAAGAUCUACUUAAAGUUACACUAAUCACUCUGUAACUCUACACGACGCAAGUGCUUCCGGCUAACAUCUCCAACAUCCAUCAAUUAAUUUUACAUGAUGACACAGCACACCUCCUCUCACGAUGCCUUCCUUCUCCGUCGGUACAUUAAUUGCUGCAAGCUACAGUCUGUCUAGUGUUUCUCCUCCCCCUUUUCAAGGAAUAGGAUUUGUCUUCAAUUGCCUGCAAAGUCUGCACUCAUCAAUCUGUGCUUUUCAUUCCUACCUUCCUAUCCGUGCGCUUGGGUUAUGGAAUCUCAUAGCUCCGGACUCAUGCUUAUUUCAAUGCUUGAUAUUUAUUUACCGCUUUCGAGAUCUCCUUGUCCGAAGACACUGAUGCAGGCGGCCCCUUUGUGGAUUGGGGUGAUAAACUCGCUUGAAGCACAAAGAAGAUGAACUCGCACAUUAGUCGUGCAAACGGCCACUGCCCACUUCUUCGUAUUUU